GAAACUUCCUGCAGGAUUUAUCUGAAGUAAAGAAUGUGAAAGAGAUCACUCCACCAUGUUGCAGUCGCCUUAUCCACUGAUGUCAUGGAAAAUUCGGAGAUCCUUGUCCACAUCUCAGCGCCGUGUGGGGUGAGCGACGACGCCCACUACCGUGCUCAGGUUGAAGCUAUUCUCGGCUUCCAGAGUGCUUCACGCCAAGUUCUAACUUUGAAACCGGACGACACCAAUAAUGACCAUGAUUAUACCACCUCUACCGCUACUAGCGACGGACUCUCCCGGCCCCAAUUACCAUCCAACAACACGCCACUCCAAGAACCCGUGAUUCCUACUAAUGAUACCUCCGAUAAUCAGGCCAUUACUAUAUCUAAUAAAACCAUCUGGUACGAGGAGCAUGAACUGCCUAAUUACCAGUCACAUGAUUGCUCCCCAAAAGACUACCUCGAUACUCCAGUUAGUGUCAUUCCGGAUUCUCAACCCGGAAGACCAUCUUCGGACACCGACAACCUGCAGGAUGUUGAGCAUCAGCUAUCUAUCAUUGGAGCUCAGAGCUUCCCAUGCUCUGCAAAUUUAACUUGUGCAAAACGAUAUCAAAAAGAUUCGUCGCGGCUCAUAAGUGGUCGAAAGAAAAUGCGUCAUAGCCCGUACACAAACGACGAAGCUAAUGCCACUCAGAUCGGCGAUUCCACUGUUCAGUCCACAGUUCUGUCGACAUUCGUUGGCACAACCUUUCCUGUUCCCGUGGAAAUCAGACCUCCACUACCUCCCAUAUCGAAAGAAAAGUUCACAACACAUAUCACACCAACUUUAAAAAUGCUAGCCGCUCGUCUGAAGAGCCGGACAUACAGACCUCUCGAACAGAUUAGAGAGCUAGACAAAUUAGAAAGAGGACAUUGGUAUCUCCGCAUUAACGUCGUGGAGGCCGGGGCGCAUGAUUCCAUUAUCCCUUGGCAGGAAAGCAACGGAGCUUACAUUUGGGACAUGCCCAUGUUCUGUCGCUUCUGGUCAUUCUUGUCGGAAUUCAUCAAAGAAGGCCGUGCAGGCUGGGGAGUAUGGUGCAUACUAGAAGAUUUGCUGAGUGUCCAACUUCCACACAAUACCCAGGAGUCAGCGCUACGCGAAGUGGAUACCCGUCAGCUGACUCUCAAAACCUAUGCAUGGGGCGAAAUAGCUUCUCAUAUAUAUCUCCUCCUGUUCCUGGCUAGCGAGCGCCGGAUUCGCAAGAUGGGCGCUCAGUGGCGGGAUAGUCGGGAUGACGUAGUUAUCCAGAUGCCCUGAUAUGAUAAAGUAAUUGGCGGCACAUAGUACACGAAUUUGACGGCGACCCAUUCUGAGCGACACCACUUGUACAUAUAACGACAUAUAGAGAAAGUAAUAUGGAUAUAUCGAGUGCAAUGAAGAUAUCUAGCAGGGCACACAUUAUUCUGCCA